GGGCCCGAGUUCCCCAGGGGAGCCUACUCUAAGAUCUUUCUUCCGGAUCUUCUCAUCCCUUCAGGCUGCCAGAGGCCGGUACCUCGCAGAGAAAGUGCCGCUCUUGCGGCAUCACCUGCUGGCUCAAAGCAUUUCUCAACUUGCAGGGGCUGUGGUACCUUCUGUAUGUACCUCGCUUCCCGGCGGGGCUGAAGACCAACCCGCUCCCGGGGACCAGGAGGCAGAAAAGAACUUCGGGGUAGUUGGGUCCGGCUCGUGGCGGCUGAGUGGGGUGGUUGGGGAUUGCAGACCCCAGGCGAUGGCCUCUUUCCCAGCAGCGGAGAGCUGGACCGACAGCGCGAGAGACGUGGGUGCGGAUACCGGGAACCUGAGUUCCGCGCUCGCGUUGGGAGCGGCACCGGGGCCAGCUGAGGCUCAGUGGCUGCAACUGCUGGUUCACGCUGGCAACUUAUCUGCCCCCUCUUCCGCGUUGGGACUGCCUGCAGCCUCCGCAGCCCCUUCCCAGCCCCGGGCCAACCUCACCAACCAGUUCGUGCAGCCGUCCUGGCGCAUAGCGCUCUGGUCCCUGGCUUACGGCGUGGUGGUGGCCGUGGCUGUCUUCGGGAACCUCAUUGUCAUCUGGAUCAUCCUGGCUCACAAGCGCAUGAGGACAGUCACCAAUUACUUCCUCGUGAACCUGGCUUUCUCAGACGCUUCCAUGGCCGCCUUCAAUACCUUGGUAAAUUUCAUCUACGCGCUUCACAGCGAGUGGUACUUUGGUGCCAACUACUGCCGCUUCCAGAACUUCUUUCCUAUUACAGCGGUGUUUGCCAGCAUCUACUCUAUGACGGCCAUCGCAGUGGACAGGUAUAUGGCCAUUAUUGAUCCCUUGAAACCCAGACUGUCUGCCACAGCUACCAAGAUCGUCAUCGGAAGUAUUUGGAUUCUAGCAUUUUUACUUGCCUUCCCGCAGUGUCUUUACUCCAAAACCAAAGUCAUGCCGGGCCGUACUCUUUGUUAUGUGCAAUGGCCAGAAGGUCCCAAACAACAUUUCACAUACCAUAUUAUUGUCAUUAUACUGGUGUACUGUUUCCCACUGCUCAUCAUGGGUAUUACGUACACCAUCGUUGGGAUUACUCUCUGGGGAGGGGAAAUCCCAGGAGACACCUGUGACAAGUAUCAUGAGCAGCUAAAGGCUAAAAGAAAGGUUGUAAAAAUGAUGAUUAUUGUUGUGGUGACAUUCGCCAUCUGCUGGCUGCCCUAUCAUAUUUAUUUCAUCCUCACUGCAAUCUAUCAACAAUUAAAUAGGUGGAAAUACAUUCAGCAGGUCUACCUGGCUAGCUUUUGGCUGGCAAUGAGCUCAACCAUGUACAACCCCAUCAUCUACUGCUGUCUGAACAAGAGAUUCCGAGCUGGCUUCAAGAGAGCAUUUCGCUGGUGUCCUUUUAUUGAGGUUUCCAGCUACGAUGAGCUGGAGCUCAAGACCACCAGGUUUCGCCCGACUCGGCAAAGCAGCCUGUACACUGUGACCCGGAUGGAGUCCAUGACAGCGGUGUUUGACCCCAGGGACGCGGAGAACUCCAAAUCCAGUCGGAAGAAGAGAGCGACGCCAAAAGACGCGAGUGUCAACGGCUGCUCCCGCAGGAAUUCCAAAUCUGCUUCCACCGCAUCAAGUUUCAAAAGCUCGCCCUAUACCUCUGUGGAUGAGUAUGCCUAGAUCCAUUUCCUGAGACAAAAGGCAGUGUGAGGGCCCCCGUUGGUUUAUCAUCCCGUUCCACAUGCGCUCUGGAAACAAAAGGUAGUUUUUAGGCAGCUAUGCUUCAAUUGCGAAAGGUGACAUAAAAAUGUAAAAAGAUACUAUUAAAAUAUUUUCCACCACCAAAAAAGUAAAAUGAAUUUUAAAUGUAUUCAUUGACAACUCUAAAUAAUUAUAUGCAACCAACUGAAAAGUAUAUCUUGUAUCCAGUUUCCCUCAUCUAAAUAUGGCCACAUACAUUUGGGUCUCCAAAAUGGCAUGUGGUUUUUCAAAAAAUUGAAGAAUCUUAAAAAUAUAACAUUGUGACUGAAUAGAAAUGAUACAUAUAACUUAUUAACCUACAAUACAAACUGAAAAAAAAGUUAAAUGACUCAUUUUCCCACGAGUGAUGGAUAAUUAACCUCAAAAAGUAAGAAAUCAAAUAAAAAUGUUUGUUCAUGAAAAUUUAUUUUGUAGAAUGAAAGCUUUACUAAAAAGGAA